CUGCUUUCAUCUGAUUCAGGGUUCGGCAUCUCUGAGGAACAUGUUGACUUUGAUUGAUUUGUGGAAAGAACUGAUUGACAAAUACUACUGGUGCAAAUGUACCCGAAGUCAAAAGCACUACUGUUGUAACUGGAGAGCCAUUGUGUAAUAUCAUUAUAUCUUUGCUUACGGAGAAAGUACACUAGUCUCUCACUGUAACCAGGACACAGUACUAAUACUGUACACGUGGCCUACACUUCCGAGAAAUAAAACUAAGGACAAAUUUGAGCAUUCUUGGAAAGCUUUACACCUGACUACCUGCACCAGUCAAUAUCCUGUUGCAUAUCAAGGUUGCAUGUCAAUGUCUUCCUGUUUGAGCUGACUGGUAUCUUGAAGGAGACUGUAUGGCUGGUGGAUACGUAAGUGUUUGCACUGGGCAAAAUGUGCAUAUGCCUGUUUAGGAGCAUUUAACAGAAUGCAUGAAGAAUAUGGAUUUAUAUACAAGUGCGGUUCCUGCAAAUGAUGAACAUCCCAGAUUAUGACUGUUCCUGGCAAAGCUGGUUGGUUUCGUGACUUCCACGGGAUCUGAUUGUGAGUGGUGCUGAUGCUGCUCUGUGUCUUUGUAACCUGACAGUGUUGAUCAGUGGUCAUGAUAUCGAUCACUGGAUUGUCUGACUGACAGACAGGAAUAUUUACAGACCACCAUCAUAUGAGUGGAAUAUUCUUAAGUGAUGCUUAACUGACCAACCAAAAACAAAUGACCAAACCCACUAAUGGAUACAAGCGUGCAUAAAUAAAUAAACUGCAUGUGUUUUGCAACAAAGAAUUAUUCUUGAGCGAAUGUAGAGUUAACACAUGCAUGUGUGUUUUUGUCAAGCGUGAAAAAAUAAGUUUUGAACAGUGUGCAUUAUGAAUCUGAAAUACUGAACAGGAGACAGACAAAGCGCAUUUACUGUUUGACUGAGAUAUAAUAUGGAAAGUACAAGUAGAAGGAUUUGUAUUUUGGAUACCUUUCAAGCCAACCAGAAUUUACUGAAGACUGAAGCAGUUCUACACAGAUGGCGUCAAACCACUUAUGGACUUCUUCGACGCUGCCAAUGGCCUGGUAUGUCCGGAGAAUCCUGGCGAGGCCAGGAUCAGCAAGAGCAGUGUCAUGGGUCUCUUCAUCCGGAGGAUGGUUCUGGCCUUCAACAAGCUGUCCUUCAGUCAGGUGACAUCAUUCCACAGGAAGAUCAAGGCUUACUACGACAUCAUGGCCGCCAGAUACGGAGAUGACCCUGACCUUGCCAAGUCUCUCACGGACUCGGUGAUGAGUCUGUCCGGUGCUGGGCCUCCUCUUACACGCAGUGGACUGGCCAAGUCCUUCGAGGCCAUGAACCUCAAUGACGGCGGUGGUUUGUCCGGGGGAUUCUAUUCACAGAAGCAGGCCGAGUAUUUCAUAGCACAGCAGGCGUUCCUGCUGCUGCACAAUGAGGGAAAGGCCCUUCCGCCAACUCGGCUCCAGGAGAAGAUCACCAGCAUGCUGAAAGCAAAACCCGACCUGGCAGAAGCUCACUUCCUGAGUUACCUGAACAGCCUGAGGGUGAAGGAGUACUGCACAGCGGUACACAACCUGUACCACUACUUCGACCGCAACGCCAACCUCACAGGGGAGACAACUGGCCAGGCAAACAAGAACCGUGAGGAAGAUGUGUGUCGCAGAUAUGCUGCCCUCAACCUCGCAGCACUGCAGUAUAGAUUUGGCCACAAAGAUGAGUCAAUGGCAGCCCUGAAUGAAGCGAUACGGAUGGCCCAGGAGACAAAUGAUCACAUCUGUCUGCAGCAUGCUCUGUCAUGGCUUCAUCGCUUGGGGGAGAAGGGCGUGAGCCAGGCCGCCAACCUCAUGGAGAGGUCCGUGUCCAAGAGUGGGGAACUCUCUCUGCCUUACCUGAUGUCUCUCGGAGUCCAGGCUCUGGCCAAACACAAUGCAUUCGCAAAUGCAAAACCUGCCAGUAUUUUUGAGUACCUGUUGAAGAGUGACAUCUUAAACUGCCAACACUCUGUGGCUGGGCUCAUGUGUGUCAGCUACUCCCAGAAGGCUGCUCUCUGGCACAUGUACGGCAAGCGGGAGAGCUCAUCAAUGUGCAGCCAGCUGGUGUUGAAUCUGGACACAUCUGAGAGCGGGGUGUUCCACAACGGAGAGUCCCUGUGUAUAGCACUGUGUAACCUAGCUCAACAGAUGGCUGACAAGGGUCUGUACACUGCUGCUUUAGACGUAGUGGGUAACGCCAAGCAGCGUUUCCCGAGCCACACACAGCAUGCACACAUCUGGAUGGGCUGUGAACAAAUGGUACUGUUUGAUCGAGCCAUCCUCAACCAUCGCCACAAAGCUGCAGAACAAGCUGUGUUGAACUUACGAGCAGUCAACCAGAAUGAAGCUAAUCUAAGGAAUGCAAUCUUGUUGAAAGAGCAAGGGGAGGUAACUGCAGCAUUUACUCAACUCCACACGCUGCUGGCGUCCAAGGCAGAUCAGUGUGAGGAGCCUACACCAGACUUUCCUUGCAGGGUUCUGUUGGCUCUCUCUGAUCUGUACAUUCAGACUGGAAGUCACACCACAGCCUUGACUCAUGUUACUGACUGCAUCACUCGGGCCAAACAACAUCAUCUACAGUACCUGGUUGCUAUAGCAACAGUACACCUGUCAUAUAUACAGUUUCACAUGAAACUUCCGAAGCAAGCCCUGAGCCUACUGGAGGUCAACAUGCUGACGGUGCUGACCAAUGGCAGCUGUCUGGACCAGGCCAAGACGCUGUACGUCUAUGCCAAGUGUCGGGUUGCGGCUGCAGCUAAGGACGGGGAGGGGCCCCGGAAGGCAGCAUUGUUGUCUGGCGUGGACCUGAUGAACAAGGUGGUUGCCCUGUACCAGGUCAUGGAGGCCCAGCACCGCAUGAAGGAUGCCCUGUACUACCAGGCCAGGCUGUACAACGACCUGGGAUACCACUCAGAGAGGAACAAGUGUGCCCAUCGAUUCAAACAGCUGGACCAGCAGUUCCCAACUCUCUCACGGAUCACAGUGCUUGGACUGGGAUAAGAUGCCAGGAACUUGUUCCAGCCAUAAUCUGUACUGUUCCUUCAUGUUCGCAGGGUGUGACAUGAAAUCACUGUAUGGUGUACAGGACUUCGAGAACAUUGGCUAAUCAUGCUUUUACACCAUUCUGAGUUUUCUUUAGGGAAAAUAAUACAGAAAUGAUAUCAACCAUGGUUUAAGUCUGAAAUUUGUUGAUAAGAAGGUAUGAAUUCUGAUAUAGCGGAACAAGAAUGAAUGAAUGAGUUUGGUUUUACGCUGCUUUUAGAAAAGUUCCAGCAAUAUCAUGGCAGGGGACACCAGAAAUGGGCUUCACACUUUUUACCCAUGUGGGGAAUGGAACCCAGGCCUUCGGCGUGACGAGUGAACUAGGCUACUCCACCGCCCCCUUGGAACAAGAGGUCUCAAGCCACAUUCAGGGUGGUGGGGUAGCCUAGAGGUAAAAGUGUUCGGUCGUCACGCUGGGCUUGAUUCCCCACAUGGGUACUAUGUGUGAAGUCCAUUUCUGGUGUCCCCUGCUAUGAUAUUGCUGGAAUAUUGCUAAAAGCGGCGUAAAACCAUACUCACUCAAGCCACUUUUGGUGAAUUCAUUUGUUGCACUCUUCAAAGAUGUCUCCUUGGAUAUCGUGACCAAGGAAAUGAUAAACUCACUGUCCUUGUUGUCGUGCUGUGAACAAUAAAUACACAUGACAAAGAA